AUGUCGGAUAUCAGAAGGCAAGGAAUUCCAGAAGGCAGUGGAUCGGGCAAAAAAGGAAUAUUCAAAAGUCUUAGUCUUAGUAGGGAUAUAAAGGGAAGAGCCACUUUAACUCAUCGUAAAGAUGGGACACAUGAGACCGCCUCGAUGUACUGAAGAAAAAUCUUAAGCAGGUGAUAUGUACGUUUUUAUAACUGUAUCAAAACAUUUU